AUGGUCCGCCUGCCUCUGCAGAGUCUCCUCCUGGGCUGCUGGCUAGCCGCCGUCCACCCAGAACCACCUACUGCAUGCAGUGGAAAGCAAUACCUCGUAAAAGACCAGUGCUGUAAUUUGUGCCCGCCAGGACAUAAACUGGUGAGUGACUGCACGGACUUGACUGACACGGAAUGCGUCCCUUGCAGUGAAGGUGAAUUCAUGGCGACCUGGAGCAGCGAGAGGCACUGCCACCCGCACAGUUACUGCGAACCAAAUGCAGGACUCCUGGUCCAGAGUAAAGGCACUUUGGAAACAGACACGAGUUGCGUGUGCGAUAAAGGCCUACACUGUGUCAACGAGGCCUGUGACCACUGCAUCCCACACAUCCCUUGCCCCCCUGGCUUUGGGGUCAAGGAGAUGGCUACAGGGGUUUCUGAUACCAUCUGCGAGCCCUGCCUGGUUGGCUUCUUCUCCAAUGUGUCAUCCGCCGAGGAGAAGUGCCAUCCUUGGACGAGCUGUGAGAUCAAAGGCCUGGUGGAGAUUCGGGCAGGGACUAACAAGACAGAUGCUGUCUGUGACACCAAGCAUCGGCAGAGAUUCCUGGUGGUGAUCCCCAUCGCAGCCGUCCUGGUGACUCUCCUGCUGGUGUCAGCCUGCUUCUGGAAGUUCCCCAUCAAGGCCGGCCGCCCCCGCCCUAAGGACCCCGAGGGCAAAGGGCAAGUUCCCGUGGAGAUGGAGUACCUUCCUGGCACCUGCCCCGUGCAGGAGACCUUGCACUGGUGCCAGCCGGUGGCGCAGGAGGACGGCAAAGAGAGCCGCAUCUCCGUGCAGGAGAGACAGUGA